AUGACAACGAUGUUCGUCCAACUGCGUGGUGUGGUGUACCUGUUGGUACUUCUGCACUGUUGCGUUUGUGUGGCAUAUGCGGUUCCUACGGCGGGUGCAAACGGAGGUGAUGGGGGUGCGGACGGUGAUGGGACGGUUGUUGAACGGACAGAGCAUGAUGAGGUUGUGGCGGCGGAAAAUACGGCAGAAGCAUGGAUGAAGAAGGUGAGUGAAUAUCUUGCGGCGGGGAAAGGUUAUUCAUCAAUAUGGGAGGGGAUUGUGAACUCAUCAAACGAAAGUUCCAAACUUGCGAACUCCACUGCGUUAAAGGUGAAGGAUCUUCUUGUGGAAGUUGAUAAGAAAUCCGUGGAGGGAUGUGGCGCAAAUUGCAAAUUGGCGGAAGGUGAUGAAAAGAAAAUCAAAGAACUGGUGCAGGAGGUUAAGGAGGCAGUUGACGGUACAGGUUCUUAUGUUGAGGAUACGUUGUGGGCAAAGCACAUGGGUUCUCUCUCAUGUGAUACCUGGGUGGACGCAGUAAACAGAUUCAACCAAAGUAGAGUCUAUUAUUUAAGUAAACUUGCUGAACCGAAUAAAACUUACUGGACUCGGGAAAAAAUAAAACUUGCGAGAAUCAGCAACAAAACGUACCAUGAAUUAGAGACGAUCACGGUGAAAUACGGUGAGUUGGAUGGUUUGAGUACUCGAUCCGUGAUAGACGGUAGGGAACGAAUAGAAGAAACCAAGAAAACGAUGGAGGGGGUGAAACUGCAGCUCGAAGGGAUUAAAAAGAAGCUGAAAGAUGAUGGAGCGAAGAUUGGCGAGAUUGUGGAAUCGGUCAGUAAAGUCGUGGAAUCAUGUACGAACGUUGAGAAGGUAACUGGGGAUUGGAUUAAGAAUAGAAAGCUACCGAAGAAAAAGGACGUUGUUGCGAAGAUGGAAGCAGAAAGAAAGAGGAUGGAACCGCUCAUAACAGCGGAGAUAAAGGCUGAGGAAGAAAGGAUGGUUCAAGAAGAACAGGCGAAACAAGAUGAGGCAGCGAGACUGGAAAGAGAAAGGCAAGAAAAACUGGAAGAAGAACAAAGACUGGCUAGGGAGCAGGAGAGAUUGGCUCAAGAAGAACUGGAAAGGAAGAAAAAAGCUGAAGAAGAAGAGGCGGAAAAGAGAAAGGCUGAUGAAAAAAGAGCCCAAGAAGAAAAAGCCAAACAAGAUCGGGAGAGGAAGGAUGCAGAAGAAAAGGCUAGAGAAGCACUGGAGAAAAAAGAAAAAGAACAGCUGGAACGAGCGGCGGAAGAGGCGAAGAAAAAAGCAGAAGCGGCCAAGAAGAAUGACAGCAGCCUCGGUCCUGCAUUGAUGCACAGUCCCUUUUUGUUGAUUCUGUUGUGUGUGCUGGUUUGCACUCUUGUUUGCUAA